GCAGAAUACUGAAGAAUCGCUCGGAGGCACCGUCAGAAAUAGAGAGUGAGGGUAGAAGCAGAGGAAGGGGCCGGUGGGUGACAAUGGAAGCACUGGCAUCGCAAGCGGCGAUUGCCCAGAAGACAUGGGAACUGGAAAACAACAUCGUCAUGACCACGGUGACGGCGGACUCGUCAUCGAAGCUGCUGGCGGACCAGUCAUCAGACUCAAUAUUCUACUUCGACGACGCGGCACAGACCAAGUUCCUGCAGGACAAGCCGUGGGUGAACGACCCCCACUACUUCAAGCGCGUAAAGAUCUCCGCCCUGGCUCUGCUCAAGAUGGUCGUCCACGCCCGCUCCGGUGGCACCAUCGAGGUCAUGGGCCUUAUGCAGGGCAAGACCGACGGCGAUUCCAUCAUCGUCAUGGACGCCUUUGCCCUCCCGGUCGAGGGCACUGAAACUCGAGUUAACGCCCAGGCCGAUGCAUACGAGUACAUGGUGGAUUAUUCCACGAUCAACAAGCAGGCAGGAAGGCCGGAGAAUGUGGUUGGCUGGUAUCACUCGCACCCUGGGUACGGAUGCUGGCUUUCUGGUAUUGAUGUAUCAACCCAAAUGCUCAAUCAGCAAUAUCAGGAGCCCUUUCUGGCGGUUGUAAUUGAUCCGACUAGGACUGUCUCUGCUGGCAAAGUUGAGAUUGGGGCAUUCAGGACUUAUCCUGAAGGAUAUAAGCCCCCAGACGAACCUGUUUCUGAGUAUCAGACAAUUCCGCUUAAUAAGAUUGAAGAUUUCGGGGUGCAUUGCAAACAGUAUUAUGCAUUAGAUAUCACUUAUUUUAAGUCAUCUUUGGAUUGCCAUCUCCUGGAUCUACUCUGGAACAAGUAUUGGGUGAAUACCCUUUCAUCUUCAUCCUUGCUGGGGAAUGGAGACUACGUCGCUGGACAAAUUUCUGAUUUAGCUGAAAAGUUGGAGCAAGCGGAGAACCAAUUAGCUCAUUCUAGGUUUGGACCAUUGAUGGCACCCCCUCAAAGAAAGAAAGAGGAUGACUCCCAACUCGCUAAGAUUACUCGAGAUAGCGCAAAAAUUACAGUGGAGCAAGUGCAUGGUCUGAUGUCUCAGGUUAUCAAAGAUAUAUUAUUCAACUCCGUGUCGCAAUCUCAGAAGUCUUGCUCUGAGCAGUCUGACCCCGAACCAAUGGUUGAGACCUGAAUUGUUUGAAGCUUCACACCAUGUUUCCUAGUGUAGAGAUACCGGUGAUUUUCUCAGUAGGAAGCAGUUGUCUCCUUUUCGAAAUUUAGAAUUUUGACGAGUGCUGGUCUGUUGGUCCAUAGAUUCUAAAGUAUGCUGCAGAGAUCUAUAAGCGCGAUAGAGAGAUGCACGACAUGAACAGCGGCUAAAAAGUUUCAGAUUUAAUCCGAUUUACGUGCUGACUGUUGGUCAUUUGAAAAUCUGUAGUACCACUUGAAACUCGUCUAAACUCUACGACGCUACAGUUACACAUUUGAUAGUGACUGAAAUCGAUUCACUACUGAGAGGCUACUCGUCUAUUGGGAGUU